AUGAAAAAAAUUUAACUACUACUAUUACUCUCUCUAGGGCUCCUUAAUAUCAUUCAUCAUGUGAGUGCCAAGGGAAAAACCUAUGAAGAUGUUGCCAAGCUGAUGCAGGAAAAUCAUUAGCUACAUCUUAAGGACGAUGAUGAAUCAGCAGUCAUAGUAGAUAAGAAACCCUAAAGUGCCGAUAAUAAUCAAAAUAAAAACCCAAAUACCCCAGCUUCUCAGCCAAAUAACAAAUAAAAUUAACAGACUUAAUAAACUAACAAUAACAAACUAUCGAAUCCUCCAACAUAUUCAACUCAUGACAUUAUGCAUACCAAUAGUGUCCCCUUAAACUAGGUUUUCUAACCCCCUCAAUAAGAGACUAAGAAUGAAUAUAAAAGAGAAGAUGUCGAUGAUCCACAGUCUUUAGGUCAUACUAAAUUCCAUAUUCAUGGACCAGCAAAUGAAAAAGCUGAGAAAGAGAGAGCAAAAUAGGUAGUUAGUGAUUUUGAGAAGAAAAAGAAGACCAACCCAGAUAGCAGAGUACAGAUGAAGGGAGUUAACUUCCAAAAAACUGGGGAUUAAAAGGAUAAAUUUUAUUUCUUACUUACAACCGUAGUGUUAACCUUGACAAGUCUUUUGAUAGUUGGUGCCUGCUUUGGUUCCAUUUACUUCUUCUAUAAACUUACCUUUGGAAACAGAGAAAGAUACUUCUAAUUUGAUGAGAACAAUAACGAUAUUGAAAAGGCUGAAAGAAAGGGCACUAAUCUUUCUAAGAUAGAUGAGGACCCACUUGAAGAAUUUGACACUUCUAUUGUUAAAGCAGCCAAACUGGGAGCAACUGAGGUUAGCAAUAGAUCCAGCAUUACCCGCCCAACUUAGGGAUAAGCUGACUCUUUAAAGAAAGUAAAUGAAGAUUAUUCUAGGUCAUCUACUAAGGAUUCUCGUAUCUAGUGA